UCAACAUCAUACAAUAAUUACCAAAGAAACAAGGAAGUUUAAAAACAACUCACUAGAAUCAAUGGUGAAGAGAGCUGUACUGAUAGGUAUCAAUUACCCUGGAACCGAGGACGAGCUGCUAGGCUGCGUCAAUGACGUCAAGCGGAUGCAUAAAUCACUGGUCGAACUUUACGGAUUCUUGGAGGAGAACAUCGUUGAGCUGAUUGAUACAGACACAUCUAAACCCCAACCUACGGGCAAGAACAUCCGACAGGCGUUUUGGGAUCUUGUUGAAUCGGCAAAGUCAGGUGAUGUUCUCUUUGUUCAUUACAGUGGACAUGGGACUAGGUUGCCACCGGAGACAGGAGAAGAUGAUGAUACUGGCUUUGAUGAGUGUAUUGUUCCAUCCGAUAACAACUACGUCACCGAUGAUGAUAUCAAAGAAAUUGUGAGUCAUGUGCCCAAGGGAUGUUCCUUUACAUUCAUCUCUGACUCUUGUCAUAGUGGUGGUCUCAUCGACUCAGCCAAGGAGCAAAUAGGAGAGAGCUUCAAAAAGAAGCCCAAUAGAAAAUUUAAAUGCCCUUUUGGAUUUUUUAGUUCCAAAGGUACAACAAGUGAGGUGGAAACAUCAAUCAAGAUUGAACAAGAAGGUGGUGAAAACAAAUUCAAUGGCAGAAACAGAUUUCUACCACUGCAGACUUCAAUCAAUAUGUUGAAGCAAGCGUCAGGAAGAGAUGAUAUCAAAGAAGGGAACAUCAGGACCACCCUUUUCGAUUUGUUUGGAGAAGAUGCAUCCCCAAAGGUGAAGAAGUUCAUGAAGGUGGUAUUAAGCAAUAUGCAAGAGAGUGGUGGUGAGGGUUUGAUGUUGGGGAGCCUUGGGAAACAAGCAAUAACUUUUUUGAAGGAUAAGUUAAAUGAUGAAGACUAUUUGAAACCUGCGAUGGAUACACAAGUCAAGAGCAAGAAAGAGGUUUAUGCCGGGGCUAACACUGGUGGAUUUGGAAGCAAUGGUAUUUUGCUUAGUGGGUGUCAAACUAAUCAAGUUUCUGCAGAUGUAGGCUCUAAAGACAAGGCCUAUGGGGCAUUCACUGAUUCGUUACUGAUCAUACUUGCUGAGACAAAAGGUAAGAUCAGUUACAAGGAUUUGGUUUUAAAGUCGAGGAAACAUCUUGAAAAACAAGGAUAUCCUCAGCGACCAGGGUUGUAUUGCAGCGAUAGUUACGUGAAUGCUCCAUUCAUAUGUUGAGAAAAACUUUUCAUCUUUGUAAUUUUCCCUUAAUAUUUAUGUGAUUCAUGUAUUGUUUGUUAUAAACUCGAGUUUAAUACAAGUACAAGCAACUCUUAGGAGUAGUCUCAUUUUUUCUCGUUAUGCUGAAUAAUAUAAAGUACCAGAUUAACAGCUG